AUAAGGAGCGUGAGCCUCGAGCAAGCGGCACACGAAGACGACACGGACAACGACGACGAUGAGGACGACGUGCAAGAGCAAGGCAGCCCCUCAGCCCUGCACGUCCACUUCCAGCACAGGGCGCACCAGGCCGACACAGCAGCAGUGAGCUCCAAAGGGCUCCGGUUUUCUUUUACGAUGGAACAAACUUUACAGGAAGCUUUGGAGUGGGCAGAUGAUAUUAUUGAGAAUGUCCAGCAGCAGCCCCCUCCAGAGAGACCCGCAUCUAAUGGGGAAAAAACUCUUCAGGAAAAACUGUAUGACAUUUAUGUUGAAGAAUGUGAAAAAGAGCCUGAGGCAGAGGGCCUUCGAAGCAAUGUCAACUUGCUAGAGAAGCUGAUGAAGAGAGAGGCGUUGCCAUGUUUAGUGGUCAACCUGUACCCCGAAAAUCAGGGCUAUUCUCUCAUGCUCAAGGACAAAAGUGGGUCAUUUUCAGAGACCUUUCAGUUGCCUUAUGAAGUAGAGAAACUGCUUGAAUAUUUGGAUGCUGAAGCGUUACCUUCUUUUCUGAUUGAUGUCCUGGAAAAGUCUCCUGUGAAUGUUUUUCACCACGGGUGUGUCAUAGCAGAAAUCCGAGACUUCAGGCAGUGCGGUAGCAUCUACCCUCCUGAGGAGCCUGGUCCAGAGCCUGCUGCUGCGUCUACGGUGCCCUCUCUUGCUUACCAAACUCGGCAUGUUCUCUUACGUCCAACCAUGCAGACGCUAGUGAGUGACGUAGAGUCCAUAACAACAAGUGAUAACCGUCAGUGGACCCAGGAAGAAAAACUUGAGCUUGAGAGCCAACUGCUCUUAGCUACAGCAGAGCCACUGUGUCUGGAUCCCUCUGUUGCUGUCACCUGCUCGACCAACAGACUGUUGUUUAAUGAGCAGAAGAUGAACACUGACCCCAUGAAACAAAGCUUCAAGAGGCAUGCGUCCCCCUUUCUGGAUCAACAGGAGGUACCAUCUGGAUGUACAUGUCCCCCUGACCUCACAACAAUGACUCCUUUCCAAAAACAGGCAAAAAUAAUUCCAGAUGACCCAUCUGACCUGGAGAUUGAUGGAGCAGACACCUGGAAGCAGAGACUCUGUGAACUGACUGUGCCUUCAGAGAUGGAUAUGCAGACGUAUGUUGAUGAGAUGCCAUCUCUGCCCUUUGAUGAGGCAGAACCAACUGUCUCAGCAGCUUCUGAGGUAAAAUAUGAUUGUAUGUUUGAUUAUGAGGAUGAUGAUCUGCUAUGGGAUAUGAACUCAAGUAUCAUGACAUCCCUUAAUGAUCCACUUUUCUCUGAUGACAUAUUUCUACCUCCAGAGGACAGAAGUGAUAGCCACAUGUAUCUCCCUCCCAUGCCCCUGGGUGACUAUUCAGAUGAUUUCAUGGCUGGGGUAAACACUGAGCCUAGGAAAACAUUGGAUGUGUGCCAAGAGCCUGUCCAGAGCAAAGCCAGCUGUUCAGGCAUGAUGCCACAGGGAUCUAGUAGCUCAGUCUGUCUUCCUCAGCCCUCCCCGGGGAAGAAGCCCACAACCAGUUUAGUGCCAUCCUCAGUCUUAGAGAAGGAAAUCGGAACUCUUCUACCAGUUCCACUUGCCCCCAUCACAGCACAGGGCUCCUCAGCUGUCGGCUCCAUCAGACCACAGGCUAGCCGAGACACACCCCCUGCUCCUGUGGCAGCCACUGUGGCAGCCACUGUGGCAGCCCCUGUGGUUCAGCAGACCACUGUAGGAGGGAACAGAGUUAGCACCCUUCCUCCACCUGUCCAAGCCAAAGCUAAGUCAUCAGAAAACAACCCAAAGAUCCAGCCCCCCACCAGCAGCACUGGUGUGAAUGUGAUCCAUGUGGUAAGGUCUUUGUCAAACCUUUCCGGUUUGGUGGGUAGUUCAACCAAGGCCCUAGGCUGCCCCACCAGUGCCCCAGCUGCUGAGGGAAACACUCAAACUAGCCUACCGACCAGAGAGCAGCUACCUGGGCCAUCGCAGCGUCCUGUGAAGCCCCCUAUGCAGCUCAUUAUAAAUAAUACAGCAAAUCCCUUAACAGUAAAGCUUCCCCCUGGCUCUGUCAUUUUGCGCCCAGAGCCUCAGAAGCCAUCCCAGGGACAGGCACGGCAGCCACAGCAGAUAUACGUAUUGAUUCCAAAACAGCAUCAGCCACCCAGGGCCCCUGCCCCCCCACAGCCACAGCCAGUGCCACCAGCUUCCUCCCAAGGGUCUAACCAACAGCCGUUGUCCUUGCCAGCUCAGCAAACCAGUCACCUUAACAUUGAGCAAACUGGUCGCCCUAACACCGAGGGGACCAGAGUGAUUCGACAGACCCAUACAUCUGUGGUAUGUCAGGUGGGCUCCACCCAGCAGAGUCACAGGCAGAAUAUUCAUUCCCAGAGCUUCCAGCUCUCUGCUACUGUGGUACAUCAGGGGCAGACUCAGACCCAGAAUGUGCAGCUAAGAAUCAUACCACGCAUAGUGAGAGUGUCCAGAUCAGCCCCUCAGACCUCUGAGCGUGGGCAUGCAGCUGGUGAACCCAGUGAGAAAGGACCAGGAGAGCCACCAACCUCCCCAAGGUCCUAAGUCUACUUCUCUUUAAAAUAUACCAGCAUGGAGCUAAAUCAUUUCUCAGUUUUUAUUUCAUUGUUGGUGUUUGGAACGUGCCAACAGACGUUUUAUGUUUGAAAUGCAAAA